AUGAUUGAACCACCAGGGAGAAGGAGAGAUGUGGAGUCUUGGAGCACGAAACCAGAGGAAACUGAGGAGGGUAAUAUCCAAAAGAACAAUGCAGAGAACUUGUCAGAGAACAGUGCAGAUAAACUGUCAGAGAACAAUGCAGAGAACCUGUCAGAGAACAAUGGAGAGAACUUGUCAGAGAACAGUGCAGAUAAACUGUCAGAGAACAGUGCAGAGAACUUGUCAGAGAACAAUGGAGAGAACCUGUCAGAGAACAAUGCAGAGAACUUGUCAGAGAACAGUGCAGAGAACCUUUCAGAGAACAAUGCAGAGAACUUGUCAGAGAACAAGAACAAUGCAGAGAACUUGUCAGAGAACAGUGCAGAUAAACUGUCAGAGAACAAUGCAGAGAACCUGUCAGAGAACAAUGGAGAGAACUUGUCAGAGAACAGUGCAGAUAAACUGUCAGAGAACAGUGCAGAGAACUUGUCAGAGAACAAUGGAGAGAACCUGUCAGAGAACAAUGCAGAGAACUUGUCAGAGAACAGUGCAGAGAACCUUUCAGAGAACAAUGCAGAGAACUUGUCAGAGAACAGUGCAGAUAACCUGUCAGAGAACAAUGCAGAGAACCUUUCAGAGAACAAUGCAGAGAACUUGUCAGAGAACAGUGCAGAUAAACUGUCAGAGAACAGUGCAGAGAACUUGUCAGAGAACAAUGCAGAGAACCUGUCAGAGAACAAUGCAGAGAACUUGUCAGAGAACAGUGCAGAGAACCUUUCAGAGAACAAUGCAGAGAACAUGUCAGAGAACAGUGCAGAUAAACUGUCAGAGAACAAUGCAGAGAACCUGUCAGAGAACAAUGGAGAGAACUUGUCAGAGAACAGUGCAGAUAAACUGUCAGAGAACAAUGCAGAGAACCUGUCAGAGAACAAUGGAGAGAACUUGUCAGAGAACAGUGCAGAUAAACUGUCAGAGAACAGUGCAGAGAACUUGUCAGAGAACAAUGGAGAUAACCUUGCAGAUAAACUGUCAGAGAACAAUGGAGAGAACUUGUCAGAGAACAGUGCAGAUAAACUGUCAGAGAACAGUGCAGAGAACUUGUCAGAGAACAGUGCAGAGAACCUUUCAGAGAACAAUGCAGAGAACCUGUCAGAGAACAAUGGAGAGAACUUGUCAGAGAACAAUGGAGAGAACUUGUCAGAGAACAGUGCAGAUAAACUGUCAGAGAACAGUGCAGAGAACUUGUCAGAGAACAGUGCAGAGAACCUGUCAGAGAACAGUGCAGAUAAACUGUCAGAGAACAAUGCAGAGAACUUGUCAGAGAACAAGAACAAUGCAGAGAACUUGUCAGAGAACAGUGCAGAUAAACUGUCAGAGAACAAUGCAGAGAACCUGUCAGAGAACAAUGGAGAGAACUUGUCAGAGAACAGUGCAGAUAAACUGUCAGAGAACAAUGCAGAGAACCUGUCAGAGAACAAUGGAGAGAACUUGUCAGAGAACAGUGCAGAUAAACUGUCAGAGAACAAUGGAGAGAACUUGUCAGAGAACAGUGCAGAGAACCUUUCAGAGAACAGUGCAGAGAACUUGUCAGAGAACAAUGGAGAGAACCUGUCAGAGAACAAUGGAGAGAACCUGUCAGAGAACAAUGCAGAGACCCUUUCAGAGAACAGUGCAGAGAACCUUUCAGAGAACAAUGCAGAGAACUUGUCAGAGAACAGUGCAGAUAAACUGUCAGAGAACAGUGCAGAGAACUUGUCAGAGAACAGUGCAGAGAACCUGUCAGAGAACAAUGCAGAGAACCUUUCAGAGAACAAUGCAGAGAACUUGUCAGAGAACAGUGCAGAGAACUUGUCAGAGAACAAUGGAGAGAACUUGUCAGAGAACAAUGGAGAGAACCUGUCAGAGAACAAUGCAGAGAACUUGUCAGAGAACAGUGCAGAUAAACUGUCAGAGAACAGUGCAGAGAACUUGUCAGAGAACAGUGCAGAGAACCUGUCAGAGAACAAUGCAGAGAACCUUUCAGAGAACAAUGCAGAGAACUUGUCAGAGAACAGUGCAGAGAACUUGUCAGAGAACAAUGGAGAGAACUUGUCAGAGAACAAUGGAGAGAACCUGUCAGAGAACAAUGCAGAGAACUUGUCAGAGAACAGUGCAGAGAACCUUUCAGAGAACAAUGCAGAGAACUUGUCAGAGAACAGUGCAGAGAACCUGUCAGAGAAAAAUGCAGAGAACUUGUCAGAGAACAGUGCAGAGAACCUUUCAGAGAACAGUGCAGAGAACCUUUCAGAGAACCUGUCAGAGAACUCUGAGUAA